AUGUCGCAUAUAUUUAAUUGGAAGACGCCUUGCGAAGUCAUCAAAACCAUUUGGAACAUCAUAAACGUCACGCAAGGCGAAGAAAUCGAACAUACAAAGCUGGUGAAACAACUAGCUAAAUUGUUGUUUGAAAGCAAUUACGAUUUGGCUGAACAACAUGUGAACACCGCAUUGGCAGAUGGGCUGCUGAGCGCUCAAACAAAACCGAAAAGAAAGCAAAAAUCCAGCAUCCAAUAUACAUUGCCCAACAUGCAGUUUUUUUCCUUUUCUGACGAACAGCCUGACAUGUGUUGCUAUGAAUGUCACACCAUUGGAGACCUUAUCAAAUGUGAGAGCUGUGUUCGAAGUUUCCAUAAAGAUUGUAUUAAAUCUUUGGAAGAAAAGCAACUGGAACUAGAACAAUUCGUUUCAAAGCAAAAGCGUAUCACUAUAUCAUCAUUCGGAGUGCAAACGUCGAACAUCCAGAGACGAAACUCUGUGGCAUCACAAGAUGUCAUCGAGGACAGUAACGUUUCCUUAGUAGAUCUUCCAACAUCAAACAUUAUUCCGUUGCCUGGAGAAGAUGAUAUACAGGAGGUGAUUGAAAUUAGUUUUAACACUGAAACACAAGCUACUGAAACACCGCCUUUCUUCGAAUGUGUAAAACACGAGUCAAACGUGGAAGAAUUGCGUGAGAAUGUCAAAGUCGAAAACGAUAUCAAAGAAGGAAUCGUAACAGACGAGGCCCUGUUCGUGUGCAUGGUACGCCCACCAAACAGACGGCUCGAAAGGGGUCUUGACACACCCACAAUCAAACCGGAAGAGUCUGCUGAAAUCGACGACGCGAUAUUCCGUCGAUUUUGCUACGCUUGCCGGCUUCUUAAGGACAGUUCGAACAAUGCACCACCGAAUGUUGGUAAGUGCGAGUUAAAUUACUUGCUAAAUUUUGUCAUCGAGCAAUACAAAUCAUGGCUCCCAGAAGACACAUUUUCAUUCUCGAAAAUUCGGAAAGGAAAACCACAGCAAUCGAUGGUCUUGGAACGAAAAACAAUAGAAAUUUGUAAGAAGAUGCUCCUUCGCACACCGAAAUCGAUCGCAGAUAUACGCAAAAAGAUAGCCGAUCAACAGUACAACACACUAGAUGAGCUUCAUGUCGACCUGGAAGACGUUGCUCAUAAUGUGGGCGUUAUCCAUGGAAUAACCUCGUUCGAUUACAGCGCCGUUAUGUACAUGCUGGCAGAUUGUGUUUACGAUCUGUUCGAGAUCCGCCGAUGUCCAGACUGUUACCGGCAUUCUAACGAAAAAGCGGAACCGGAUUGGUUUGCUCGACCGUGUCGCACUCGCCAUGAGCUGGUAUUUGCCAAACAAAAAGGCUACCAGUACUGGCCAGCAAAAGUUAUACGUGUGGAGAAUAACAAGUACGAUGUCCGCUUUUUUGGAGACAAACAUUUGCGAGCGCUGGUGGAUGUUAAUAGUGUUAAGCCCAUAGAUACUGAUCUGCUCACACUGGGUGUCAACAAAAAGCACAGAGGAUUCCAACUAGCGAUGGAGGAAAUGUUAAAACAUCAAGCACUUAUUGAUGGCUUCAGGGAUCACUACUCCUAUGCAUCCAUUUCCGAAGGUGUGCCACAACUUUUAAGCUCUAUGGGCGGCACAUUCCAUCCAACCGAGAUGUUUCUUGAACAUGCAAUGUCAAGUGGAAAAAAUAGCGUUCCCAGAGGAAAAAAACGAAACAUUCAAACCCAUCAAACUGAACAUCUUGCUGUCGACCAUUUUAGUUCUCAUCAAAGCUCUAGUGAUCCGGAACCAAAUUCUAGCGUGAACGAGCGAUUGUUCAGAGCAAAACGUCGAGGAAGGAUGUCUCAAAGCCAAACUCCUGCAAAGAAAACCCGGUCCAGUAAUAAAACAAUAUCAAGCAACGUCGCUUCCGAGACAAAUAGCACAUUACCGGCUACACGAAAGGGAGGGCAACAGAAUAAUAAUACCAUUAGCGAUAAUUACAAUAAUUCGGGCAACGAUUUAACCGACACGCAUACGGUGCGAUUGCCUCGUACGAAACAGAACCAAAUGCGGCUGGUUCCCGAAAACGAUUCCUUUAGAAUGAACAAACUGUUUCAUCAAGUAUGUGAUCCAGAGGAGCUUAAAAAAGUGGCGCUUAAAAUAUUACAGGAAAAUGAAGAACGGUUCUCUAGAAAAUUGGAAUGGAUAAAGGAAACGCACAAGAAACAGAUUAGCGACGUAAAGAAAAAGCUAUGGUGCAUUGUGUGCGAAAUGGAGGCCAGUUUGCGAUGUUGUUGGAAUACUUAUUAUUGCUCACAUUUAUGUCAGACCAAGCAUUGGCUAGAACACCAAAAACAGCAUCGACCAGGUCGCAGAGAUGGCCCAUAUGAGUCCGGAUCCGCCACAUCACGAGACUGCAUUUAACAGCAUCUAGGCUCUUCGAGAUAAUCAAUCAUGGAUGGUAGCUAAUUCUAAGGCGUGAUGCCAGUAAAUCCUAGGUCAAUCGAAAAUCCCCAUAAACACGUCGUGUGUUACUAUUUGCAUUUUUGCUGCAAAUAAUCUCUAAACAUUUGACGCUCUUUCAUAAAAGAAAUUCAGAAAAAGAAGAAUUUUAUUCGUAAAAUGGCCCCAUCAUUAUCAUAUUCAUUUUCGAAUUCUUAGAUUAGUUAAGAAUAUUUGCGUUCCAAAGUUUAACCUUAAUACGGUUUUUUUUAUUUUCUGCAGACACGCUGCAAAAUAGAAAUAAAUUAUCGUGAAUUUUGUCAUUGA